CCGUGUACAGUGCCAGCGCCACCACUGCAUGGAGGGAGUGGCCUUCAGCACGCUGUUACCGAGAUAAUUCCCAAGAACUACGAGAAACUGUCAUGGAUUCGAGUCCCGUUGAAAAUGUUUUCGUAGGUUUGUAACAAAAAAAACACACACACACACAGAGACACACACACACUCACACUCUCUCACACACACGCACGCACACACACACUAUAAAAUGAAGCCUUGGCAUAGGUCAGUGACAUGGUGGAAAACCAGAAGACCAUCUUGAGUUCGAUUACCGGUGCAGCCUUGAAGACUGCACUCAAGUUGAUAUCGAAACAAUGGGCGGAGAUAACUGUCCUUGCUGUCACAGUAGUUCGCACAGUCGCCGCUUGAAGACGGAGCACAGCGCAAGCAGAUCACAGGACUGAGAGCCAUGUUGAACUCCGUGCCCAAGGUAGUCGCGGUGACUGUGUUCCUCCUAGCUGCUGCAAUGUUCAUAAUUUUGGUGACCGUGACAUAUAUUCCUGAUGGCAGCUGCAAAUCCUGUGAAGAUGCCCCCAUCGUAAUGAUCCGACAGGGUACCCUCCGAGGAUUUCACAGUGCCACCAGAAAGGGAAGAAAGAUCAUUUCAUUUCUUAGCAUUCCGUAUGCUGCCCCACCAAUUGGAGAACUCCGUUUUGAGGCUCCACGGCCACCAAACUCAUGGGACGGUACAAGAGACGCCACAGAAAUAGCACCGAUGUGCUUACAGCCAUCAUCCAGUGGUGUCCUGGGGCAGGAGGACUGUCUGUUCCUCAACGUUCACACACCAAAGUUACUUGAUGAAUUUAGCCCGCCACUUCCUGUAAUGGUGUGGAUCCACGGGGGAGGAUUCCUCGUUGGAACUGGUAACAGCAAGUAUUUCCCACCAACAUAUCUACUAGACCAUAAUGUUGUACUUGUGACAUUGAAUUACCGGCUAGGAAUUCUAGGUUUCCUCAGUGCUGUGGACGAGGUUCUACCUGGGAAUUAUGGAAUGAAAGACCAGGUAGCAGCACUAGUCUGGGUUCACGAGAAUAUUAAGAAGUUUGGAGGGAACCCAAACUGUGUCACAUUAUUUGGUAGCAGCGCUGGAGGUACUAAUGUGCACUUUCACGUGUUAUCACCAAUCAGCAAAGGACUUUUCCACAGGGCAAUUACGCAGAGUGGAACUGCCCUUGCUCCAUUUGCUGUUUCAACAGAAAGAGCUUUGAACCAAACCAUGAAACUUGCAUCACUACUAGGCUGUCCCGCUGUACCCACAACUAAACUGGUCACGUGUCUGAGGACGAAGAAUGCUAGUGAUGUCGCAGCGACAGUAUCAGCAUUCCAGAUGUGGGAAGGUAUCUUCACAACAGCAUUUGCACCAGUAGUAGAGCACUCUGGCUCAAAUCGGUUCUUGCCAGACACGCCUCUUAACAUCCUCAAGGCAAACAAAUCUGCACCUGUCCCCAGGCUGACUGGUGUCAAUGCCCAAGAUGGUUGCAUCAUAUCAGAAUCCAUAAUUGGUGAUCCCACCAAAGUAAUCCAAAUGGACAAGCAGUUCAAAGACUUUGUAUUGGACACAUUGUACUUCAGACGGCAGGAGAAUGACACCAGUGUGGCUGAGACCAUACGCAGGUUCUACUUUGGAAAUAAACACAUUGACGAUGAAUCUGUCAGUGAGGUCACCAACAUGUAUACUGACAGCUACUUUCUUUAUCCCAUGAACUGGUCUGCCACCCUGGAAGCUGCUGCUGGAAACCGGAAGGUGUAUGUAUAUUACUUCACUUACGUGGGGGCGGCAAGCAACAGUAUCCUGUAUGGGGAUAAAGAGCACAAUUACGGGUCAUGUCAUGGAGAUGAGAUAUUAUACCUCUUCCCAUCAAAAGCCAUAUUGCCAAAUGUAACACAAAAUGAACAGGACCACAGGAUGAUUGACAUUUUGACAACACUAUGGACAAACUUUGCAAAGACAGGGCAACCUACUGACCAAGUCAGCAGUCUUGUUCCUGUGGCUUGGGACGCACUCACACAAGCAGGAAACUACCUUGAAAUUGGCGUUCACUUGCAAAGGAGGACCAACCUAAUGCCACUUCCUGUUUCACUCUGGAGCAGUGUAUUUCAGUGGGCCUACAACGACAGCUGAUGAGUGACACAAUAUGAAAUUAAAAGCUCCACCCAUCUAAACAUUACUUAUCUUAAUAUAAGAUGAGAUUUUUAAUUCAGUUUCUGUAAAAUGGCGGUAUGCUCAUAUACAGACAUCAUUAUACACAAAAAGUAUUGUGCCAUUCACCCAUUAACUGCUGGUCAGAAAAUGUUUGUGUACUGGGUAAAACUGAAGAGAAAUAAUACAUACAAUAGUUUAUAGUAAUUGUGCCCACCAAUACUAUAAUUAUACCUUAUAUGUAUUUCACAUACAUUCCAGUUAAUUAAUUAUAUGACAAAUUUUUAUCCUACAUGCCUAACAUUGCUGAUUCAUAUUUUGGAGAUCCUGAGUUCAAAUCUCAGUCCAAAAAUUGCCUCUCCGAACUGAGGUUUUCCUCAGUCCCACCAGGUACAUCACAGGGCAAUACCUUAAAUCAGGCCAUGUAAACUUCCUACGACAUUCUGUCCAAUUCAUGAUUCACAAAAAACUUUCAUCCGACACUAUACAUUUGUAGCUACUAAGAGAAUUGUUAAAUUAAAUAUAUAUGCAUGCCUACAUCUAGAA